AUGCCACACAUCUCCUUUGAUUCCGAUUAUGAUCCGAGUGUCAGUCUCCUAGAACAAGCCAGACAGCUUGUCAGGGACCGCCAGAAUGGGGGCGUCAGCCUCUGGGAUCUGCUGUACGAGCAGGGUGCACACAGCAGAGGCGUAAGCCUAUGGGAUUUACUCUGCGAACAGGGUGCUUGCGUACAGGGCUGUACGCCUGGAACGAUAAGACAUUUAUUCCACAGCAUGGUUCUCGUCCCAGUUCUCAAACGCUUGGGCGGACAUGAAAAUGGCGAUGGAGCUGGACAGGGCGAAGACGAAUAG